CCCAUACGACGCCGAUCCAUUGGCAGACCGCGAGCGCGAACGUCGCCGCUUCCAAUGGGCGAGUGGCUGAGCCAGCGAGCGCGCCCCGGCUCAACGAGUCCGACUUGGCACUCAUCAGCACGCCAGUCGCCCUAGCUCCUGUCCGCGGGCGCACGCUCUCGCCACAGAGAGCCUGCUCCUCCAAGCGCGCCGUGUGUGCGCACACGCGUACGCGUACAGCAGCUACGUGUUAGCAGCGUGAGCGCGGCGAGGACACGCUUAGCUGUGUGUGUGUAUAUAAAGAGAGGCAAGGCUGGCAACUUUUGCGGCAGAUGCUACUACUACUCCCUUACUCCAGCUACUGCUACGUAGCUACUACUGCUGCUACUGCUGCUCCUGCUGCUGCUGCUCAGCGCUUCUUGAAGCACACCGCUGAGAAGCACGGACGCAGGGGAAGUGGAGUUCGGGGGGCGGCGGUGUUGUCAUCAGCUUGCGAUCUUCACUCCCAAACUACCGGAAUCGCCUGCCACGGGCAUCAUCGUCGUCGGUAAAAGUCGCAUCGUCGUUGUGGGCUUCUUGUUGCUGCUGCUGCCGCUGCUGCUUUGAGCGUCUGUGGUUCACGCGCUGCACGAGGAAAGUUGAGGCUGCCGCUCGCUUCGUCUCGGGAUUCGCAUCUUCCUCGGCGGAGGGGUGAGGGGGGAGGGCAACCUUUGCGAGCGAGAGGAAAUGCGCACGGCGAGCUCACUCGGAGUUUCAUAAACCCUGCCUACCUUCCACCUCCACGCAUUGCCGGCGAACUACUCGCGACCAGCUCGCCGGAUUCCAGUUGUGAGCGCGCUGUCACCGUCCCAGCUAACUCGACUCGAACAAAGGAAGACAAAGACGGACCAACAACCCCUUGUUUCAUCAACAGCAGCAGCACCACCAGCAGCAGCAGCUACCGAAGGCCCCGUCAAUGAAGGUCGCAUCCUCACCAUAAGCUCGCGCGCGCGCGUAGGGCGCUUCGGAGCGAUUCAACGUUCGCCAAACGUCGCGAGGCAUUCCCUCUGCGUUCCCCGUGCGUUGAUGUGGCGGACAAACCCUGACGACUGCUGCAAAACAUCACCGUCGCUAGCGGCGGCGGGAGCCAUCGUCGGCAUCGCCACACGCCGCGCAAACAACACCGGCUCCCGGCGAGCAGGAGUGGAGGAGCAGAAGAGGGAGGCGCGGGCGAUGCCCUGCUCCGGCUGUAGGGCCAUGCGCACGCACAUGUGCUGGGUGCUACUGCUGCUGGCUCUCGCCAGGGCACCGGCAACGUCUUAUGCCGAAGUGCUCGAGCCGAUUUACUGGAGUGCCUCUAACAAAAUAUUCCAGCCAGGACGUGGCGGCUUGGUCGUCCACCCACAAAUUGGCGACAAGCUUGACAUCGUGUGUCCCCGCAUCGGCGAUGGAGGCCCUCCGGGAGGAGGAGGUACGGGAUUCGGCUCGCCCUCCUCCUCCGGGGCUGCGACGGAGACCUACCAGUACAAGCUGUACAUGGUGACGCAGUCGGAAGCGGAGUCGUGCGACACGACCCGCCGCAAGAACCCGCUGCUCACCUGCAACCGGCCCGACCGCGACGUCAAGUACACCAUCAAGUUCCAGGAGUUCAGCCCGAGCGUCCUGGGCCUGGAGUUCCAGCGGGGCAGGGACUACUACAUCAUCUCGACCUCCACGGGCACGGAGCAAGGGAUAAUGAACGGCGUCGGUGGGGUCUGUCAAAGCAACGGCAUGAAGCUCGUCAUGAAGGUUGGCCAAGACCCCAACAGGAAGGAGGAGACCUCGCCCGUCAACCCGUCUCCGUCCCCCACGAGAGCGCGGGCGGCCCCCCCCGCGCCCCCCGGAGAUGACAGGCGGUCGACCGACCGCACCACUCGCACAGACCCGUCCGACUCCCUGCACGAGCUGCACCAGUCCGGCAUGGAGUCCAACCUGGCUCUCAUCGUCGGCGUGUCGAGCGGCUCCCUCAUCCUGCUGCUCCUGCUGCUCCUGCUCGCCCUCUCCGUCUGCUACGUCCGCCGCAGCCGCGAGUCCCGCCGUUGGGGCCGCGGUGGGGGCGGCGGCGGCGGUUCCGGUGGGCCCGGUCCCGGCGGGCCGGGCCGCCGGGGCCCGCACUUGAACGCGUCGGCGGCGGCGUCGGCGCCGCCGCCGCAGUCGUCGCUGCCGCUGUCGCUGACGCCCGGCUCCGUGGCCGUGAAGUUGGGGGGCGGCGGCGGAGGCGGCAACAACAACGGGUCGGACCCCAGCGACGUGGUGAUUCCGCUGCGGACGCUCGAGGGCGGAUUCUGCCCGCACUACGAGAAAGUGAGCGGGGACUACGGCCACCCGGUGUACAUCGUGCAGGAAGUGCCGCCACCCAGCAACGCGAACGUCUACUACAAGGUGUGAGCGCCGCUGCCGAUGGAGACUGUGGGCGCGGACGCUGAGUUUCCCGCAUCGCAAAAGCGUUGCUUUUGUGUUUUUAAUAGUUUAUUUUAUUUUAUUUUCGGGACGUUCUUUUUGUCGUUCUAUAUAUUUUUUUCUUUUAACGACUCGAUGGACGCCGCCGUCUCCCUUCCUCCGCGAGGGUGAAGCCGCAAGGGAGGACCACUUCCGCCGAUGACGUUUACUUGCGCCAUAUUGGACGCGUGAAAACGCUUGCGGGAGGAAGCUCCGCGGAGAACUCUGCCACCUCUCGUCGUCGAAAUAAAACGGCAAGCGACCGUUCGCGACCCUCACCCCCGCACCCGCCCCCCCCCCACGUCCGCCACCUCGUGCCAUCGCGCUCCACAAGUUUUACCGUGAGCCUCUCAACGGUGGCUUCCUCCGUCACACCCGUGCAGGAUGGUGACCUCUGCCGGAGACCUCUGCUUUGGUUCACACGAUUUUGCCAAGCCAUACAGAAAGGGAUCUGAUAGCAGAGGACACUUGUUGUUGUUGUUGUCGCCUGCGUUGUGGUCAUCGCAAGGCAAGCAUAUGACAAAAAUAAAAUAGAAUUCUUAAAUGCCAUCCAAAUUCGAAUUCUACAUUCUUCUCAGCAAGAUGACCUUUUGCAGUAGUGGCAACAUUUCAAUAAAGGUGGUAUGCAUGGGGUUGUUUUUUUUUCCUUUCUUGCUGUUGGUGAAGGUUAUUGUGUUCGAAAAUAACCUGAACUAUCUAACUACUGCCCUGCUUUUUGAGUAACAAGUUACAUUUUUUAAAAGAUUUUUGUGAUGCUGUGCUUAAUGAGUUUUAAGAGCUGCUUCAAACACUGGCUUUUCCAGACUUUUAGGCAUGUGCCCAUCACUGCAGAGUGCCUCUGAUCUAUCAGAGCUAUUCAAUGGUGUAUUUUUAAAACCUUUAUUUUAAUUUUACAUUUUUACAUCUUACAUUUUUUCCCAUUAUUAUGCAUUCUGUGAGUAAAUCAAUACUUUUGUGGAUACUUUAAAAAACGAAGCAUACAUGCAAGACCCGCUGUGAGACUUUUUUUCCUCUCCAACAGAAACAUUUUUGUCAUUUUUCAUUUAUCAUUUCAUUUCACGGUACACUUUCAACCGUGCUCCGUGUGAGAGAACCCACGAAGGCAUCUGCUAUAAACCUCUGUGCACCAUAUUUGCGCGCCGUUCAUAAUCUCUCCGCCGUUCUGGGGCGCUUGGCGCGCAGAGCCACAAUUUUAAACCUUUCUGACUUAAAUUACCACUGGAGAGAUUCUCCCACUGAAGCGGAUAUCGGUGACCGGGAGGUUUGCAUGAAAUGCUUUUUUUGCAGUUUUUAGUCUCAGGAGUCAGAAAACUUGAACGCUUUUUUUCUUACUUCUCUUCAUUUUGGGUCAAUGUACAAUGCUACUACUCGAAUUUUAAAAGACGAUUUUUGGGAGUCAAUUUUUUUUUACACGUUGCUUUUUUAUGAUCAUAAACUCAUUUCGCGAAAUGCGGGAUUGUGAAAUCAAUUUUGCAGACGCACCACGCAUAUACACUUGCACUAACACGCACGCGGAUCACUAAUGUUUGACUGAAUAUGAAACUUUUUUUAAAUAGCAAUGUACCACUUCUGUAACUAUCAUUGUACGUAUGCAAAUACAGGACUUUCCAAAAAGCUGAGGUUCACAGUUUCUUGGCGGUGCUUUGAGCUAAAUUGAACCGUAAUUAGGGAAUUAGUUCAGCAUCUCAAAAUAUAAUUUAUUUCUACAUUUAAUCGCAAUUUAAUUAAGAUCGGGAUUUUACGUUGAUUGUAAUUCGUACCGACAUUUAUUAUCAGCCUUAUAGGGUAAUAUCAAAAUCCGUGGAGAUCCAGGGACAGGGACCGGUCAACCACAAUAACAAGAAGAGCCAUUGUUAUCGAAUUCGGUGAAAAAUACUCAACUUUUCAAGAGACGCAAAACGUGUAAUAAAAUAACGUGUCACGAAGCAGUCCUUUAAAGAGCCGCGUGCCGCAGUUUGCCGACCGCUGCCCACGCAGGGCCAAGUAGGGCUGGUCGUUUUUUCCUUAAGUCACGAAACUCACUCGCUUUACCCUCGACUCUGCCCAGUCCGGCUGUCAUUAACUCAAGGCGCCGCGUGACCGUUAUGACACCAAUGGCAAAAGGACUUGCUUCCAUGUUGGCCACAGAGGUUCCGGGGUUGGCUGUGGCAAUCGCAACUGUUGACUCGACGUGGGAUUUCGGUUCACCAGACUUGCUCGGCUGCCCAUGUAAACUUCCGCGUCUCCCCCCCUCACCCCCCCUGAACCAACAAGCUCACGAUCCAGACUGUGUCGGCAGAUCUCCGCAAAGCGUGCUCGCCCCACGUCCACAAUGGCACAUGGGCCCCGGGCGAUAAACGCUUCCACGCGAGCGGCGCGAAUGCCCCUGUAAUAGAUGGGGCCUUGUUAAAACCCCAAUUGACAAGGACAUCUCGCGGUGUUUAAUUUGAAGAAGAAGAGAAAAAUUAUAAUUAAAGCCCGCAGUUAAUUAAAAAUGAUCACGCAAACUGCACACAAAGUUCAGGGAUUAAUUAAGACUCUGAUUGAUAAGCCAACCAUGCUUUCUCUCCGUCUGUCUCCCGUGUGACACGGUUCGCUCGACACAUUUUUUUUGUUAUCGCCGCCGCCGCCGCCGCCACCAACCGUACCGGCCCUGCGUAAAUAAUGAAGCGGGCAGACAGCGGGCAUGAAAACGGGCACGAUUAAUACCACAUCAGCCAUCGUGGCAUUAGUGGAAAAUCCUUUGUGCAUUGAACUGCUAAAUGAUCCGCAGAGUUUGGAGGUUGGCGCGUUUGUAAAUGCCGUCGUUAGAGUAACGCAAAUAUCCAUUACGGAGUUCGCCACGUCCCGUUAUUGAAAGGCGACCUUUCCUGUCCUAACGAGUAGUGGCACUGUCAGAGGUGGUAACUAUUGGGGUGAGAGGGGGGGGGGGGUUAAAAGAAUGAGACGAGAGCUCACGAAGGAGUAAAGUUUCCGUUUUAACGAUUCCAAAUAGAGAAGGAGUAUGUAAUUUGAAGCGGUGCCUCUUCCCGUUGCCAUGAUUUAUAUUAGCGGUGUUGAUGCAGUCACAACAUACUCAGCUCCGUGUGAAAGUUGUAACAACAACAACAAACUUAUUAACUGAUAAUGUUGUAAUACAUGAAAUUACUAUGAAUAAUAAAAAUAAAAAACACACAUCAGGGAUUAGCAAUUUGUGGGGCCAAAACUAUGGAAAAAAUUAUAAACAAAAUUACUAUAAACGAAUGCCGUAUUUUCUUGCAGCUGUUAGUCAUGCCUUCCUUCACCACAAACCUUUUCCCUUUUAAGAAAAACGAAUUCAAGGAGUUUGUGCUGAUUUUUUUUGUAAUAUAAUACAGUACAACUGUGUAGCCUUGGGGCAAUCCACAGAAAAAGACGUUAAGAUUCAUCCUCAUAAUAAUAAUAAAAAUAAAAACCCAAAGGCAAAUCACAAAAACAAGCCAUCAUGGUGGAAAUUGUAGGGGUUUCGUUUUGUUUAGCUCAAUCAAAAUCCUGAAGUCGCAAGCAGAUUUGAUCAGUUUUCAAUGAAUCAACCGCUCAGAUGUUUUCCAUCAGAUGUGACAUUCGGGAGUUGCUUCAGACAAGUGCCGAUUCAUUCAUUCACUUCGUGGCACUGUUAUUGCCACAUUUUUAUUUCUGGAUCGACUGAAAGUCCUGUCCGCAGAGGGUAGACGAGCACAUUCCCCGUGCGUCUCUCACUUGUCUUAUUAAAAAAAAAGAUGUAGUUAAAUCGAUCAAUUCCGAAAGCAUUGCACGUCAGUAAUACAAAUCUGCUUAAGAUGUACAUGCGCAGAAAAUUACUGGAACGUCAAACUUACUUACGUCCACCAUAUUUAGCUUAAUUACCCUAAGACCAGUUGAAAAAAAAUUGCUCUGAGGCUCUUUUAAUAAGUUGCAACUUAUUAUAAAAGUCACGCGGGUGCCAAUUAUAAUAUUAUAGCGUAAUUGAACUUCAGCUUCUGGGAGGGUCUUAAUUUUGUUACGCGCCGUUAGAGAGUCUUGCCGCAACGAACACGUAAGGCUGCCAUUUAGGAUGCCGGGGUGUUCCAGGGUUUCUGGCGUUAAGUCCUAACAUCGUUUUGGAGCAUUUUCAGCUGGCCGGCGCCGAGCGUGUGAUGAGUUCCUCAGCUGUGCAAGAUUUUGGGCUUUCGGGAAAGCGAUUACGGCGAAUGUGCGGCGGUGGUGGCGGCGUAAAUUGUUUAAGUUCUCGUAGUCAAGGCAGGCGCAGAGGACUUGAGGAAUUUGCAGAGCUUUGGACGACAGAUGUAAAAAAGAAGAAAAGGCAAGAGGGCCUAUUUAGCCCACAUUCUUUCCCUAAUCCCCAGAGCAAGCCUUCGGAUCAGUUGGUCCGCACAUUCAAUGUCCUCCAACGGUAGCUGCCGUCUCAUUAGUCUGAGCUGUGUCAAAGUGUGUCCAUGUCUGACCAGCGUGACCCCACUCCCACCACUCCCCCCCACCACCACCCACCACCACCCAACCCCACCGAGCAAAUGUGUAUUUUUCCAUCCCCCCCCCCCCCCCACAUUACAUAUAUGUUUAUCCUCCUUUUUUAAUGAGAAAAUGAAGAUAAUUUGUGUAACAUUAAAGGCAAGGGUGUGUUUAUUGCCAUGACAGCUGGCGUCUAUUAUAGAGACCAAAAGGAGAAAAGGCUUGUUGUGAAGUGGGCGAUGUGCUUGGAAAACAUUAGACUUUUGAAUAAGAGAACUUGGGUGACAACUGUAGCGAGGAUCGCAUCUGGGAGGACUCUUUCUCUUCUAAAACAAUGCACCGGCCAGAAUUUAAAGCAGGGGCUAUGUCAAGUCCACUCUGCAAGAGGGUCACAAUGGUGAAUAAAGCAGCGUUGGGAUAUAAGCAGUGGGACGUGACUCUUCACGCAAUAAAAAGAAAAUGUAAAUGCACAAUAAAAAAAACGACGGGAUGAAAUCCCCCUUUCUGCUCCGUAGGUUGGACACUGGUCCUUUGAGAAAGACGAGAGACGGGGAUUUUUACAUCACAGCCACGUGAUACCUGAGGUUGAAGCACGGUAGUCGUAACCCUCUAUUGAUGGAUCGAGAUGGCUGCCUUUGAAUUACAAAUGGGGGAGAUGGGGGGGGGGACGUAUGGGCGGGUUGCGGUGCUGCCCUUAACAAGCCCUGGUGGUUGACACUAAAUCCUGGGAGAUCUGAAAAUGCUUGUAUUUUCAAACCGAUUGUUGUCGCCGGGAUCUCGGAUAAUUCGCGUUGCAAGCGUCUGCGAGCGCAGUGCGCUGGUGCUUUGCUCAUCGAGAGUCAGCUGGAAUUCAACCAUCACCGCAUUAUUGGUGUGUGUGCGCGCUGGCAAUUUGCAGAGCUCUUGAGAAAGCAAGAAAUAAUGUAAAAUGUCACGGCUUAUCCCCACAGUGCAAUCAAUGUCACAUAUGAUGGCACUUCAGGCAGAGUUAUUUCAUUAUUUAUUUUAUUACUUUCAUAUUUUUGGGUGUAUGGGGCCGGGGAAGGGAGGGGCAAAUGGGAGAGGUGCGGUUAAUGUGCAUUUGUAGGAGAGAGGGGGGAAAAAUAACAACGCAGACCCUUCACGAUCUAUUUUUUAUUUUUUCGUUGAGAACACACGAAAAGGGGUCUUCUUUCUGGUCUCAUUCAUCCUGCGCCUCGGUGGAGGACGGCGGGCAGUAGAGUGUGUCACGCGUGAAGUGCACCACGUGCAGAUGGACGGACCGAGCGCGCUUGCAAAUUCAGCACGAGUAUGCUCCACUUGUCAGCGUGACAUCACAACUAAAGCUUUACCCAAUUCAUCUCACUGUGAAUUCAAAGCACGGCACGGGGCAUAAAGCGAUUACCAUUAGUUCCAAACACGGGGGUUCAUUUUAAAUCAUGAUGAACACAUUGCGAAAAGAACAAAAGAGACACUUGAUGUUUUAUUCUGACGAUGUCUGGGGUGUAAAAAAAAAGUCGAGCACAAAGAGAUUGCCUCGAAACCGAAUUACACUUGGUGUGUCUCGUAGAAUGUGCGCAGUGAAGUCAUACUUGGGAUUUGUAUUGUUUUAGCUGAGCACAUGGCAUUGCGAUUUUGACAGUGCUUUUCACGGGAUAAAGUAAAUAACUAACAAACAUGUUUCGUGGUUCCACCGUUGCUCGACGAGGUGUGACAUCGAGCGCCAAGACGCCCUUGACUGACGCCAUGGAGAGCGACGCAAGUUCAUGUAAUGAUUCAUAUAAAAUUCGUGCACUUUUAAUUGUUUAGCUGCGGAGGGAAAUUGGAGGCCGCGCAUCUUCCAAGUCAUAAUAACAACGUCCAAUUGAGAGGUUUGACGAGCCACGGGGCAUGGCUUGCGGCGCCUGUGACUUUGUGUGGCUUUUAUAACCGCGAUAUCCACGCAACGCUUUCACGUCGACAUUAAGAUCGGUUGUUAAACACAUUUACGCGUCAAUUUAAUUUGUAACCGCGCAUGAGAUUAAUUCGGACGAUUAACAAUUUUUAUUUAACAUUUUGAGUUGUCUUUUGCUUUCACACAUAUUGGCUACCCUUACACAGAAAUGAUAACAUGUAGAAAUAAAUAACUAAAAAUCCCGUACCUAAUAUUUUAGAAAUGCCUACAGGAUCAGUUUAGGACGAACAUUAUUUUUUUUCAUGCUAUUGUACAAUGUUGUUUCAAUAAAGUAUAAAUGGAAAAACAGUAUGUGCCAUAUAUUUUUAAAUGCCCUAUAGUGAUAUAUCUCUCAAGGAUUCAAAUGCCUUACCUGUAGGGUGACAUGACAAUUAUGAAAUGUAUAAGCACUGUCAAAUUCCCUUGUAGGGUUUUUUAGGAUUUUCCGUUUGAAUCCUGUUUAAAGCUUCUGCAGGACUUAUUCAAUUUCUUGCAGGAUCCUGCAGGGAGAGUUCCACCAUAUAAUAUUGUGUAGGAUUAAAAUAACACCCCUCCUGUAUUCAUUUCUAUGGGAGGGAUUACAUUAUGCCACUGUGAGAUUAUCAGUUAAAUUUGUCUAUUACACUUUGGCAUGUAAUAACCAUAAGGGGGUCAUUUGUAAAAUAUAUAUAAAAAGAAGUACAUUCUUGUAUCAUUCACGUGCAAAUGAUCCUUGUUUUGGUCUGUGUGGCAAUUACGCGAGGGAAGAUAAGGAUGAGACUGUUAGUGUUUAAGCCAUUCAAAAAAACUAAAUAGGUGUUCAUGAAGAUAGCAUCCAUUUUAAAAUAAUGAUUAUUGCAAAACAGUUUGAACUGCGUAGUGGAAAUGUUGACAACACACUCCUUAGGGGUUUUUUGUUGUCGUGUUUUUGAGAGAUCUUCAAACAAUCACGGCCGAGACGUUGGCAAACGUGCUGGGGCACUCUGGAAUCUCGACACGAGAAGCGGUUUCGAGGCAUGAGACUCACACAAUACGAUCUCGUUUCUACCAAGCGUUUGUGGGAACGGUUCUGUCGGCCCGAGCUAAAAACCAUUUGCCUAAUGAUGAUGAUUCUUCAAUAAUGAAUGACACUUUUAUGGACACCUUGGGUUUAAAAAAAAAUCAAACACUGCCCUUAAGUAAAAGCACUGCAAAGCUAAUGAUUACUAUCAUUUGGGGUCCUGUAGGUAUUUUAAAGUUGUACACUCUUCGGCUUACGUAGUAUAUGACGACGGUAUUUGAUAAUGUUUUUAGUUUUGACUAUUCCUGUUUCCGCCUAUAUACUUGUAUUUUUGUGAUGUCAGUUUCCAAAAAAUACAAUUAUUUCUUUAUCUGCAUGUCAAGCAGAUGCAUUCUCAUAUAAUUUUUUUCGAGAUGAAAUGUAGAUGCUAUAAAAGGGUUAAAUUGUCAUUAUCCCGAAACUCCUUUCCAUUUUUGUCCCAUCCUGUCUCUGUGUGCAAACCCUCAAUGGACACUGAAUGGACAUCGGAGGACAUGUGAUGCUCAAUGCACCGAUCGUAUGGGAAGAACUCUUCUUGAUGUGAAUAAGAUUUUAUUCGGAAGGACUUGUUGAGAAUGAGUGUUUUUUAAUAAUAAAAAAAAUAAAACUCGCAAACGCCUUAUUUAGCACAGACAAUCCUUGACGCGGGUUGAGGUGGGUUCGCUCUGUUGGUUAGCGCGACCUCUUUUUGCAGCGAGUGGCUGUAAAAUUAACCUUGAAUUUUACCAUCAAAACACUCGAGAUGACAUCAAACUGGUUGCGGUUGCUUUUUUUUGUCAACGUUUUUCAAAGGACUGUAAAUUCUUAUAAAUAUUCCUCGUUUCGUGUUUCGUAUGUAGUACACACACACACAAUUAACGUUUUGUUCCGGAUUGCUUUAUUUUACUUUCGAGAGGGACCACGAGACCGCGUUGUGAUUACUUUGAAGUAUUUAUUUAAAGAAAAAAAAAAUUCCAGUAUAAAAAACAAAAACAAAAACCCCCAACGAAUUAAGGAAUCUUCGGACAACACAUUCUUAAUGCCACGGGGACAGGUUUGAAACGGAAAAAUAGGUCAGCCGCCGUUAUGAAGGAUUCAACUUGUGGUUACACCGUUGAACGUUUUGAAAUAGUUGGAAAUUCGAGUUUGUGUGCAGCCUUGCUGUGGUUUCGUGGUGAAGGAAGGGCUGCCUCUUAAAGAUGAUGUUUUGUUGCCGAGGAAACGGUCGACAUGUUUCGCCACUCAUUGUGCUGCUGCUGCUGCUGCUGCGUCGCACCACAGGAGCAUUGGCGAUGGCGCACUUGCAAAAACCACAAGAAGUAUAAACACAGAGUAACGUGACGGAACCCGUGCAAUGGCUUCACCUGUUGACAGUCGUAUUUAGUCUGGAGCAGCGGCGAGUGCGGAUUGAAGCGGUGAAACGGAGCAGUGGAGUUAUUCACAUUUUCUCGGAAAGAUUUGUCUGUAUACUGCAUUCUGUAUAUUUUGUUAAAUAACGCGCUGUAAUUUAUAUUAUAUUUCCCUCACUAUCUUAACUCGUACUGCUAAGUCUUAGUAACAUGUUUUUUUAAGGAAAAGUACCAGUACAGUACUACUCACUUUUUUUU